AUGGGCGCCGCUAUCCCCCCCAUCACCGGCAUGCUUCGCCGUGGUCUCGUUCUGGACCUGAGCACCGCUUUCGGCUUCGGCACCACCUUCGGCUACCUCUGGUGGUACGGCUACCACCUGCCCCGCGUCCGUGAGCGUGAUGCCUACUACACCCGUCUCGAGCAGGAGCGUGCCGCCCAGCGCGCAUAA